UUCCUGUGCAAGGAGACCCUUGUGGAAGGGAGUGACUCAGCUGUCACAGAGAAGGAAAGCUUCUCCCUUUUUGUUGACAAAACCACGGGCCGUUUCCUGUGCAAGGAGACCCUUGUGGAAGGGAGCUGGGAGGACUUUCAGGACUGUGUGGAGGUGAUGCAGAAGGAGAGGCAAGGAUCCCUCAGUCCGGAAGUCCUGUUGGGCUAUCCUGACAGUGAAACGGAGCUGGAUGAGAAGGAGAUGGACCACCAGGAGGUCCAGAGAAUCUGGUCCAGCUCAGUCCCCUUCUCGGACCUUCUUGAAGAUGAUGCCCAGCUGGUGAAAGUCAUGUUUGGCAUGGGGAAGAUCUCCAGCACCACCCUGAAGAAAUUUGGCGUGAGGUUCUUCAAGCCCACCAAAAGCCUGGUUUUGCCCUGGUUCAGUGGCCGGGAUUCCAGCCUAAGGGGGCUGAAGCUGCUGUCUGCUGAGUGCAAGGGUGAAGACCAGGUCAUCUACAAGGAUGUCACUUUUCCCAAGCCUGGUCUCUACCACAAUCUCUUCGGUCUUCACUUGAUUGGCCGAAAAGACACUGAGGUGGUGCUGACCAGCCGGGAGGUGGAUACCUUGGCAGUCAGCCAGGCCACAGGGCUGCCCAGUGUGGCCCUGCCCCGAGGGGUGAGCUGCCUCCCUCCGGUCCUCCUACCUUUCCUGGAGCAGUUCAAGAGGGUCACGCUCUGGUUGGGAGGGGACCUGUGCUCCUGGGAGGCCUCCAAGAUCUUUGCCAGGAAACUGGGUUUAAAGCGUUGCUCCCUGAUCCGGCCCGGAGAGGCCCAGCCUUGCCCCGGCGAUGCCCUGGCCAAGGGAAUGAACAUCAACAAGAUCCUUAAGGCCUCCAUCCCUGCUGCCCACAAGUCCAUCAUCUCUUUCAGACAGCUCCGGGAGGACGUGUUCGGAGAGCUGGCCAACAAGGAGCAGGUGGCUGGAGUGAAAUGGUCAAGGUUCCCCGAACUGAACAAGAUUCUCAAAGGCCAUCGGAAAGGGGAGCUGACUGUCCUCACAGGACCCACAGGCAGUGGGAAGACGACCUUCAUCAGCGAGAGCGCUCUGGACCUGUGCAUGCAGGGUGUGAACACGCUGUGGGGGAGCUUUGAGAUCAACAACGUGUGGCUGGCCAAGAUCAUGCUGACGCAGUUCAGCCAGCAGAGGCUGGAGGAGAGCUUGGACCAGUAUGAGGAGUGGGCAGACCAGUUCGAGGAACUGCCCCUCUACUUCAUGACCUUCCAAGGUCAGCAAAACAUCAAGACUGUGAUUGACACCAUGCAGCAUGCUGUGUAUUUGUAUGACAUCAGCCAUGUGGUGAUUGAUAACCUGCAGUUCAUGAUGGGCCAGGAGAAUCUGUCCGUGGAUAAGUUUGCUGUGCAGGAUCACAUCAUCAGCACCUUCAGGAAGUUUGCCACAGGCAGCAGUUGUCACGUGACCCUGAUAAUCCACCCCAGGAAAGAGGAAGAUGACAAGGAGCUGCAGACAGCCUCCAUAUUCGGGACUGCCAAGGCCAGCCAAGAGGCAGACAAUGUGCUGAUCCUGCAGGAGAAGAAGCUGGUGUCCAGCCAGGGGAAGAGGUCCCUGCAGGUGGCAAAGAACCGCUUUGAUGGAGAUGUCGGCGUCUUCCCCUUGGAGUUCAACAAGACCUCCCUGACCUUCUCUAUACCCAGAAGCAAGACUAAACUGUGCAAAGUCAAAGGAGACACAACAGAGACCUCAGAGAAACCAGUGAAGACAUUGGCCAGCGCUGGGAGAACCCCUACAGAGGAGGGGGCCAAGAAGUAGGGAGUGGACUGUUUAAAAUCUCCACGCAGGAGAGAGCUCUUAUCAUGAAGAAGUAGGGACUGGGCUGUUUAAAAUCUCCACACAGGAGAGAGCUCUUAUCAUGAAGAAGUAGGGACUGGGCUGUUUAAAAUCUCCACACAGGAGAGAGCUCUUAUCAUGAAGAAGUAGGGACUGGGCUGUUUAAAAUCUCCACACAGGAGAGAGCUCUUAUCAUGAAGAAGUAGGGACUGGGCUGUUUAAAAUCUCCACGCAGGAGAGAGCUCUUAUCAUGAAGAAGUAGGGACUGGGCUGUUUAAAAUCUCCACACAGGAGAGAGCUCUUAUCAUGAAGAAGUAGGGACUGGGCUGUUUAAAAUCUCCACACAGGAGAGAGCUCUUAUCAUGAAGAAGUAGGGACUGGGCUGUUUAAAAUCUCCACACAGGAGAGAGCUCUUAUCAUGAAGAAGUAGGGACUGGGCUGUUUAAAAUCUCCACGCAGGAGAGAGCUCUUAUCAUGAAGAAAUAGGGACUGGGCUGUUUAAAAUCUCCACACAGGAGAGAGCUCUUAUCCUGAAGAAGUAGGGAAUGGGCUGUUUAAAAUCUCCACACAGGAGAGAGCUCUUAUCAUGAAGAAGUAGGGAAUGGGCUGUUUAAAAUCUCCACACAGGAGAGAGCUCUUAUCAUGAGGGUUAAAUUAUUGUGGUGUGAUUUAAUGAUGAACUUGGGCUCCUACUGAAUGCCUAACACAUAGCACCAGUCAGUAAAAGAAGUCAGGUGAUUCUAUACUGCCUGCGAGCUGCUGUUUGUAAUUGCAGGGGAAAAAUAAGACUGCACUCUUGUAAGUUCCUUUUAUUUAUUUUUCAUUGGAUGGUGUUGUAACAGCGAUGCGAGUGAGUGCCCUGAAUCAAGUGAGUGGAGAAUGAGACAGAAGGACGUGCUGGAUUAGAACCAUCUGAUUGGCUGCUUUCAUGAUUUGUACAUUUUGAGACGACUGCAGUUCAUCAUGAUAGUCACAACAUUGACAUCUUUGUUAUGCACACGAGUCCAAAGUCAGUGGGUUAAGGGUAUCUGAGUGUUGACCACGACUCGCUCUUCUGUUACAGCAGCUACUAAGCGUCACUGCUGUAGUUAGUAAGCACCGUGGUUACUGUCACUGCAUUGUGCAUCACAUUCUGUAGGUCUCUGUUCUGCUGUACAGGAAUGCAUUUUCAAAUCAGCAGCACAUUAGCAGUAGGGCUAUGUGUGUUUGACAGAAACAGUACUGUGAAAAAAAAUGGUUUUACUGUAUAGUCCUAAUUUUUGUACCACUUAGCAUUUAUAUUACCUUGUUGAAAAUAUUGU